AUGGAAUACAGAACCUUAGACCUCACUCUCGUCUCCGCAAAGGGUAUCAAGAAAGCCUCUCUCAUCGGAAAACCAGAUGUCUACGCCGUCGUUUACAUCUCCGGCGCCCGAAGCAACCAAAAGCUUAGAACCCCUGUUGACAAAGACGGAGGUUCCAACCCUACCUGGAAUUUCCCCUUGAGUUUUACUGUCGAUGAAGCUGCCGGAUUACAGAACCGACUGACGCUCGUCGUCAAGAUCAAGGCUGUGGGGAUUUUCAGCGAUAAGAAUCUGGGACAAGUUCACGUGCCGAUUAAAGAGCUUUUGGAAGGUGUAUCGAAUGAAGGGAAGACGCAGCAGCUUGUUAGUUAUCAGGUGAGGACGAAGUCCGGGAAGACGAAAGGGUUUCUCAGUUUUUCUUAUAAAUUUGGGGAAAAGUUUUCCGGUAAGGCGGAGGAGCCGGUCACGGCUUAUCCUCCCGGGAUGGCGGUUGGAUCCAGUUCAGCGUAUGCACAGCCGUAUGGGGCGGCGGCGGCAGGUGGGUAUUACCAGCCUCCUGCUACUGGCUACCCUCCUCAGCCACAGACUGGAUAUGCGUACCAGCACCAGCAACAACCGGGUUAUGGUGGUUAUCCUCCGCCACCACCGCCGGGGUACGGUGGAUAUCCUCAGCAACAAGGGUACGGGAAUCCGGCGGUUCAGCAGCCUCCAAAGAAGAGCAAAUUUGGUAUGGGGUUGGGAGCCGGUUUGCUAGGUGGUGCACUGGGUGGACUGUUGAUCGGCGAUAUUGUGUCGGAUGCUGCUGACGGUGGUGGAUGUGGUGGUGACGGUGGCGGGUGUGGCGGUGGCUGCGGCGGGUUUUAA